AUGCUCUGGUCCACAUCGCUUCCGCUGCUUGGCAGCUCAUUGCUUGCUCUCGCCACAAGCGCGCUUGCAGUACCCCAGGCGCGGGCUGACAAGCAUUAUGCCAUCAUGGACAAUGAUUGGUACACUGCAGGCUUUGUACCGUAUUUGGUUGCCCUAGACGGCGAUGUGGAAAUUCUAGGCCUAGCUUCUGACACGGCCAACAGCUGGCAGCCCCAGGGAGCGCUACAUGCCGUCGCGACCCUGGAGGCCGGAAAUCUCAGCUGUAUUCCCGUCUAUGCGGGCGCGACAUGGCCUUUGAUCAAUACGCCACACCGCUUCCAGGCAUGGGAGAUGAUUCAUGGCAAACUGCCCUGGGAGGGUGCAUUUGCGCCGGAGAAUAAGACCUUUGAAGCCGAGGGCAAUGAUCCGACUUCGGGUGACCCGAACCGCAUUGUCAAGGAGGCGUUCAAAGAAGGUUUCCCUAAGGGCCGACCGGAGAACUCGACCUCGGCAGCCAACUUCAUGGUGCAGAUGGUCCACAAGUACCCCGGCCAGGUAUCCAUUUACUCCGCUGGAGCGUUGACUAACGUCGCGCUUGCCGUGCGCAUGGAUCCGCAAUUCGCGUCACUUGCCAAGGAUUUGGUGAUCAUGGGUGGAUAUGUUGAUUUGAAUAUGCUGGAGGCCACUGGUAGUAUCAUGCUCGCUGAUUACCAGUCUGAUAUCAAUCUCAUGAUUGACCCCGAAGCUUCCAAGAUCGCCUUGACAGCUGAUUUCCCCAAUAUCACCAUCGCCGGCAAUGUUGCGAACCAGGUGUUCCCGACCCAGGAGUUCAAGGAAGAGGUGCUCUCUGUCCCUAACCCGUACAGCGAGCUAUUCUAUAAGUAUUAUGACCUAUCAUUCCCCUUCUGGGAUGAGACAGCCGCUGCGCUGAUGGUGGAUCCAUCACUUUCCAUAAACCAGACUUCAGUGUUCCUGGAUGUGGACACAUCCUAUGGUAGCCCGAACUAUGGGAAUAUCCAUGUGUACCAAAAGGCGCUUGCGCCUGCUGGUAUUCGAGAGGUAAACUAUGUGUUUGAAGUUGAGGCUGAGAAGCUCAAGCAGCGCAUCAAGCACGCUCUCCAGUAUCCUAAGUCCUGCGCGGAUUUGGCCUAG